AAGCUGAAACUGCUCUGUUGACAAAUAUCAGAGGAGGGACCACUGCGGCUCUGGCUGUGGGAGCGAGUGAAGGCGGUCUCCUCGUCCAAGAGCUUCCCGAGAAAUGAAGAGCCAGCAGAAAAGCCCUGAACAAGACGGCACUGUUACCGUCAACGAGGAAGGGUCUGUAGCUACAGCUGAGGAUCCAGCAGCUAUUGCAACCAUUCAAUCUGCUGCAACUUUCACUGACCAGCCCAUUAAAUAUCUCUUCAAGACAGAAGGAGCAGGGGACCAGGUGACCUACAGAGUGAUCCAGGUGUCAGAUGGCCAGUUGGAUGGUCAGACAGAUGGAGCAGCAGCAGUCAGCCUGGUCACUGGUUUCCCUGCGACCACUCAGACUGUCACACAGGCUGUCUUCUCCCAGUCAGAGGCAUUGGAGGGAGACGGCAGCACUGAGACACAGUACACCUACUACCCUGCGACCAUCGCAGAGGCUACCACUGGUGCUAUGGUGACCACCGUGCAGGCGUCUGACACGCUGCUGGGCCAGACCACACCCACAGGGCAGCUUUAUGUGAUGAUGUCGCCACAGGAGGUUUUGACAGGAUCCAAUCAAAGAACAAUUGCACCUCGAACGCAGCCAUACAUAGCAAAGCAGGAUGCUCCCCGGGCCUCCAGAGAUGAGAAACGGCGAGCCCAGCACAAUGAAGUUGAACGGCGGCGCAGAGACAAGAUCAACAACUGGAUUGUGCAGCUUUCAAAGGCCAUUCCAGACUGUAAUGUUGACUACACCAAGACAGGACAGAGUAAAGGGGGGAUCUUGUCCAAAGCUUGCGAGUACAUAAAGGAACUCAGACAGAGCAACCUGAAGCUGGGGGAAGAUGUCGGUGUUCUGGAUCGUCUAAGGGUUGACAACCAGCUACUUAGACAGGAGGUGGAAGACUGGAAGUCCAAGAAUCAGAUCCUGAGGAACCUUUUGCGACAGCACGGCAUUGUGGGAUCAUCCAGCACGGACCCCCAGUGAGAAACUUGUAGUUAUCAGCUGUGUGAAGACAACCAUGUGUGGGCCAAAAGAGUACUUGAAAUGCGUUGGAGAUACUUAAUUCAAGCUCAAGUGUGCAUGAAACAGGAAAUAAUUGAAUAUUGUCAUUAAUAUUCAAAUCCAACUUCUUUGCUAAAUGACAUCAUUAAAUGUUUUUUUCAAUGCUUUGUACAGCAUUUAAAUCCUUUUGCCUCAUAUCUACAGUACAAUCAUUAUAUUGGUUUAGCAAAGCCCUCAUUUAAUGCCUUCCUGCACAAACAUUAUGAUUGUUCAUUAUCAUUAGCCUCCAGUACAGUAAGCUCUCACAUUUCUUUUCCUCUCUGUGUCUGUGUAUCAAAUGCACUCGUUCAUAUGUUGACAGUUUAUCUAUAUGACUUUGACCAGUUGAUGCUCUAAGUUUGUCAUCCAGUUUAAGAGUCUGACUCUGCUUUGUAUUUUUACUGUUUCAUAAAGCCUCACUGGGGACAUUUAUUACAUUGCAACAAUGUAACUAACUAAAUAAAGAGGGGAAGCAUUGCAUUGUAGGUAGCC